GGCUAACUCGAGGACAGAAAACGACAAAGGAAUCAUUUUAUAGCCUUGUGUUCUUCCUUCAAACACCACUUUAGCAACUUUAGCUCGAGUAGCAUUUGUUUAGCUGGUUAGCAUCUCUGUAAAGCAAAGAUAAUUAGCCAGUAAGACCUAACUGCGCCUCGCCAAAAAAACUUAACACAUAGCGAGUUACUGCACCAUGGAGACAGAUGAGUCAGACUCUGCGUCUGUCCAGAACCAAGUGAUGGAGAAAAGUCCCAGUCCUGUGGCUGAGCUAGAGGAGGAGGAAGAGGAGGCAGAUCUAACGGACCUGAAAUAUUGCAGUGUUCUUCUGAACCGUGUACAGGCAGAAGACACGAAAAAAGAGCUUGAGGAGAAAGAAGACAUGAACCGCAAAGGUGGUAAACCUGCUUCUCGGAUUCCUACCUUCCAUAAAAGACCAAGUGGUGCAAGCCAGACCACAGAGCUUCCUGUUCCAAAGAAAGAUACCCCUGUCCCCGUAAGUGUGGAAGCUUCAAAGUCCAAACCAACUGAUGGCCGAGAAACAGCACUUCCCCUACCAACAAUCAGAGCCCCUAAAACAGCCUCUGUAGUUCCCUCUCCAUUCAGCAAUGCUGAACAAUGUCCUGUGACGGCUCAUAGUUCCUUAAUUACUGCACCCAAGAGCCUUGGUUUUUCUUCUUCUGUUCAGCCUUCUCUUCUCACUGUAAGCCCCAGGCCUGCCAUAAGACCAGAACAAGUGUCAGAGCAGCAAUUACCAGAGCAAGAUGAGAGGAAAACCUCAGAAAUAGAAGCUGAUGUCACACCAGAUGCCCAUGAAGGUCACAUUUCGUCACACGAGGGCUCUCUCUGCCAAAUGCCACAGGAGGAAACAACAGAAACAUAUGAGGUUGAAGUCAAAGGCAGGACUACCCUCACUGAGUCUGGAGAUACCGAAACGUCUGAGUCUGGAGGGAGUGAUCACAUAGCUGAAUUCAGCCAAGUGGAUGCUAUUAUGGAUGAAGAAGCACCAUGGGCAACAGAGUCAACAAAUGUUCCUGAAUUAAAGGACAGUAGGUCUUCAUCAGAUGCUGAAUGUGAGGAGGAGUUGAUAGUUGAAGAGUCUGAGUGCCACAAUUUAGAAGAAGCAAAGGAUGACCAACCUGAACCACAAAAAGCCCAGUCAGAGUUUUCAAAACGACCAGGGAAACAAGCUGAUAUGGAUGAAUCUGCAUCUCCAGUAGCUGCACAGAUGCCCACUAAAAUUAGAUCAACCAAGACAACAAAGGACUCCAGUUGCCCAAGUUUCACCUUCUGCUUCCUCUUGCCCACCACCCUGCUGCUUCUUGGAGGGUUUGGUCAGCAUGUUUGGCACUACGGGCUUCCCAUGUCUGUGGCCCAGCUCACAGCUCACCUGGAGCUACACUGGCUAGAGGGCUUUGGUUUAGUCCCAGAGCCUUGUAGUACUGAUUGUCGAGUGCAUCUGGUGGAGAGCAUCCCUGUGGGUCUGUACCCGUCUUCACCCCCAUCCACACAGAGUAUUGCUGACAGCUGGCUGCAUCUGCUGAACAAGGCCAACAGCUCAGUCCACAUUGCUGCAUUCUACUUUACUCUAAGAGGCAGUGAUUUACAGUUUGCUGACUCCACAGACACUAAGGGACAAGAGGUUUUUGAGCACUUGAAACAACUUGAACCUAAAGGUGUGACACUCCAGAUUGCUGUCAACGGCCCACAGACAUCAACCCAAGACACAUUAGAACUGGCUGCUACAGGUGCAGAUGUCAGAGAAGUCAACCUCACAGCUGUUACUGGGGGUAUUGUCCACACUAAGCUGUGGGUCGUGGAUCAAAAGCACUUGUACCUGGGUAGUGCCAACAUGGACUGGCGUUCUCUCAGUCAGGUGAAGGAGGUGGGUCUGUCAGUGGAGGACUGCAGCUGCCUGGCUCAGGAUGCCUUCCGGAUCUUUGGGGUUUACUGGAGCAUCAGUGGCGCAAAAAACGGAUCCCUGCCGCCAUACUGGCCCGCUCGCCUCUCUGCCCUGUCCAGCUCCCAGAAUCCCCUUCAUCUGAAGUUCAAUGGAGUACCUGCUCAAGUCUACCUGUCUAGUUCCCCUCCACAAAUAUCAGCUCGCGGCCGCUCUGACGAUCUCUCCACCAUACUGUCUGUUAUCAAUGAUGCCCAGAUGUUUGUUUACAUCUCUGUCAUGGACUACCUUCCUAUGUCUCAGUACACAGAGCCACUCAGGUUCUGGCCCCCCAUCGACUCGGCCCUGCGUGCUGCGGCCUGCACCAGAGGUGUGCAGGUCAGACUCCUGGUCAGCUGCUGGGAGCACUCUCCAGCCUCCAUGUUCAUCUUCCUUCAGUCUCUGCUGGUGCUCAACAGGCCUCCACUGAAAUGUGACAUUGAAGCAAAAUCUUUUGUAGUGUCUUCAACAGCGGAGCAGAGGAAAAUCCCCUUUGCACGAGUCAAUCAUGCCAAGUACAUGGUCACAGACAGGGUGGCGUAUAUAGGGACGUCCAACUGGUCAGAGGGCUACUUUACUCACACUGCAGGUGUGGGCAUGGUUGUGAACCAGACUGGCUCAGUGCUUGGGGAAGGGCAGCAGACUCUGCAGAGCCAAGUGGAGGCACUUUUCCUCAGAGACUGGGGGUCCCAGUACGCCAGCACCCUCUCUGUUGAUAGCAUGAACGUCUGCCCUCAUCACCUACACUGAGGGUUUGCUGUUCAAUGAAGCACAUUGUAGAUGGGCAUCUCGCUUGCUCCUGCCACUUGAACUUUAUUUUACCUGUGCUGAAAUCAGCUUGCUGUACUGUUUUGAUUUGUAUUACUGUUUCUUGAAUGCCUGUCCUUUUCUGUAUAUAAUUGCAAUUUUAGAUUUGGUUUCAGAGUGUGUUAUUUUUUUAUCUUUAAUGUUUUGACAAUUUUCUUAAAUGAGCUGAGGCACAAGGGAACUGGCUUUGUAUAAUUUUAUGCCUGGUGCAUUUUGUAUACUUUUAAAAAUGUUUCUUCCAAGCUUUAACAAUCUUAUGCAGGAAAUGUAACAUCUCCAAAUCAGGAGCAUACACUAUGGCAAUGUAUAUGUUGCUGAAGCUAUCAGCUGGUCUCCUAUGUGUAUGUCAUGUCAUGAAACUAUCCAAUAGUACAAGAUUAUACAAAAACGAGGAAUUCUCCUAAUUUGAACAUUUAUCUCUAUAGACAGAGACUCAAACAAGAGUGAGCAUGUUUUGUUUUGUGAAAGAAAUUUCCUUGUGUGGAAUCUGUUUUACUGUAUUGCCAUUACUAUGCUGUUUCUUUGAUCAGGUCAUUAACAGAGUAAACCGUUUACAGAGGGACCUUCUGACUCUGGAUGGAACAGGGAACAUUUCAGUUCACCGUCCCUCAGCUGGUUAUUUUUGAGAGCUGACAUGCGUGGUAAAUGCUGAGGUGAUCAUGAUGGGAUGGGGCUUAAAGGACUUGAUCACAAUCCUCAAAUGACCAAAAUGUAAGUGGUGAGGAUUUUAUUAUUGCUUUUCACAACCUUACAAGCAACCUACAGCCUCAAGAAGCUAUGUGAGUUGUAAUAUGAGUCCUUGUUAUGAAAAGAACAAGUCAUUAAAAAAAAUGCCUUGCCUAUA